AUGAAUUCUAUGAAUAUGUCAUCAUCAAUCGAUUUUGUGCCUAAUCUAACUUCUAUCAUUCAAUGCAAUGAUACAUUGAAUGCACCUAAUAUAUGCACAGAGCAUCCAUUUAUAGAUACUUCACUUUGUCAAGACUAUAUUAGAAAUACAAGUGUAUUGUGUGCUAUUACAAUAAAUGAAACAAUGAUAACACAACGAGCACUCAUCUAUGAAAACUACGAAAUUUAUAUUUCUGAAAAAGUUUAUCAAGUACCACCAAUACUUUCUAAUACUUCAAAUAAUUCGUUUAUUGAAACAGCAACUACCGUCUAUUAUAAGUAUAUUGGUCCUGCCGCAACACCUGUUGAAGAAUGUGCUUGUACAAAUUCUCUUUGUAAUCAAAAUAUUACCACAUGUGUACCAUAA